AUGGACAACCGCCAAACAAUGGAAAUGGACAACCUCCAAACAACGGAAAUGGACAACCGCCAAACAAUGGAAAUGGACAACCCCCAAAUAACGGUGAUGGUCAACCGCAAAACAACGGUGAUGGUCAACCAAAAGAUGGAAAAGAACCCGACGAAUAUAAAAAGACAAUUGAUACUAAAACAAUUGAACCAACUGCAACUUGUGGUUCUCCUAAUGAUCCUGGAUGCAAACCUCCACCAGGAGUCUGGACAACGACCACAACAACGGUUACAUUAUUUUUUGCCGGUUAUACAACAACAAUCACAACAAAAAAUGAUAAAGGAGAAAUUACAACUUUCGCAACAUACAUCCCUCCAUCUACCGUAGUUGUGGUGAAAAAAGUCGCUGUCACUGCACCUGCGGUUGAGGAUCCAAAUAUUAUUUCGGAUUCAACCAUGUUACAAAAUUUUAAUAGCCAUGGCUUAUGUGGUGUUAUGUUAAGUUUAGCUGUUGUUGCCACAUCUUUAAUUUUUAUGAUCGUCGCGUAA